AUGCAAUUUUUGGUUCUGAUUUGUGACGCAUUGGAAAGCUGUUCUGACUUGGUCACAGGAUUAGCCAAAAGUGUUAUCAAUAUUGUGCUCCUGAAUGAGGAGGAGAAAUCUGCAAGUGUUUCAUCACAAGUGCCUUCAACAUCUCAUGCACGUCCAACAAGUCCAACUGCCUUCAAGCCUGCCUCAAAUAAAAGAAGUAAGACUUCUAAACAAAAUAAGACCCAAACAGACUUCAUGAAUUACUGCAAGAAUCAGCUUGAAAGCAAAAAUGAAAUUGAUGAAUUUGAUGCAGCCGCAAUUUCGUGGGCGAAAAAAAUUAAAAAGAUGAAUCCAACUCAGGCUAUUUAUGCAGAUAUGCUUAUCAAUCAAGUUGUAAAUAAAGGAUUAUUAAACCAAUUAACCGAGACAACGAUAAUUAUGCAACAAUCACCAGUUCCACUUCCACUUUUCUCACCGCCUAGCCCAUAUAGUGUUGCUUCAUCAAAUUCUUCAUUACAUCGUCCAGAAAGAACAUCUCAAUUACAUGCUUUAGAUUCAGCAAGUAUAACAGCUUACUAUGAGCAAGCUAGUCAGGAUUUUAUGUCCCUAACGCAUGGGAGAGUUGACCAUUGUAGAAGGGAGACUUAA